AUGUUUUCCGAUUUCAGUGCCGAACAGGCUCUCAAAAGCAUCCAGCAGAUACAAUGGAAGCACAUCCUAAUCUUCACCAUCUGCCUUAUGGGCCUCCACUUCAUCCUCUUCGAAGAAACACCCUCCGACCUCAGCGCAUCCACUCCGCCUCAAGCAGCAUCGCCAGCAUCUCCCUCCCCACCAGCACAACAAAAGGCCAAACCAAAACCCAAACCACUUCCCGUGGUCGAUGUCUCAGACGCAGAGAAACCUCACGUCGACAACACACCUCCGUUCCUAGUGGCGCAGCCAGCGGACGGCAAUAUCGACAGACCAUACGAUAGCAUUCCCAUCGCGGAACCGAUCGCAGUAUGCAUGUCCGUGAAAGACCAAGCCGUCGAUAUGAUCGAGUUCUUGGUACAUCACUAUCACAAUAUGGGGAUCCGGCGUUUCUAUAUCAUGGAUGAUGGAUCCGAUCCACCGCUGUCGAGUUUCCAGUAUCCUGGAAUUCCCCGGACGGCUUUGACGUUCACGUACCAGGAGCGCGAGAGUAGAGAUGGAUACAUGCAGUUGACGUUCUAUACGUGGUGUAUAGAGAGGUAUAGGGAGCGUCACACAUGGAUGGCAUUUUUGGAUGGUGAUGAAUUUUUGGAGACGCCUGGGCCGGAGACAUUGGGGGAGAUCCUCAAGACAUUUGAGGAGGAUGAUAGUGUGGGAGCGUUAGGGAUUAACUGGCGAAUGCACAGUUCCUCCGGUCUGAUAGCACGUCCUGAGUCUGUCCGCAAAGCAUUCACAACUUGUAUCUACGACGACCUCGAACACAAUGGCGACAGCUCCGCCAACAGCCACAUCAAAUCCAUCGUCAAGAUGUCGCACGCGGGACCGCCCAUGAACCCGCAUAAGUUCGAGACGUCGCCCGGCUCGCACACCGUGGGCGAGAAUGGGGAUGUGAUUGAGUCUGAUGCCUGGAGAAGGCCAAUUACGAGGACGAGGAUUGGCCUACACCAUUAUGCGGUGAAAAGUAGGCAGGAGUUUGAGGCGAAGAUGGAGAGGGGGAAUGGGAUGACUGAUCCAAAGGGAGAGUCCUUUUGGAAUGAGAUCGAGAAUGGGAAUCCGCAUGUAAAUUGUAGUGAGAUGGCAGCUUAUGAGCCGUAG